UGCGGGGUAAGGAGCUCGGAAAUGCCGGCGUUCGGCGAUCGGUCCCUUCGCCCGGCCGCUCCCUGACGGCUACUUGUUCGGGGAUGUUGAUGUGCCCGUCAGAAUCGGGAUGGUGCGCGGCCGCCAUGCCGAUACUCGCGGUGGUUGGCGCCGUAGUAAAUGGGAUUGUCCAGAAUCAGUUCCUGUGUCAAUAGAGUCUCAGAUGAACAAUUUUUCAGUCACAAUGCCACAAAGUGGAGGUCUCCCAGGCUCUGCAACAGGCAGCCAUUCUUCUCAGUCUUCAUCAGAUGCAUUAGAUGCAGCUUCUGCUGCAGCUGCCAGGAUUAAUGCUAUGUUGAUGGCAAAAGGGAAACUGAAGUUACCACAGACUCCAAGUAACAGAUCAAAGUCUUCAAAGUCAUCAUCCCAUCAAAAGAACAAAGAUGAUAUGGUGGUUGCUGAAAUUGAAAUUAAUGAUGUUCCUAUUGUAUGUAGAAAUUUACUUACAAGAGGUCAUACUCAAGAUGAAAUAAACAAAAUUAGUGGAGCUGCUGUUUCAACCAGGGGGCGAUUCAUGAAUGCAGAUGAGAAACAAAUGGCACUACAAGGGGAUCGACCCCUCUACCUUUGCAUACAGGCACAGACGCAGAAGAGUGUGGACAGGGCUGUGAACAGGAUUAAAGAGAUCAUUGGUGAAGCGCUAGCAAAAGAAGCCAUUAAACAGCCACUUCCACCAGUAGUGACCUCUACUGCAAGAAGCAGUCCGAUGACUGCACAUAACUCUCCAUUUAGCACUUUGCCUCAGUUACAGCCAGGGAUGCAUUUUGUUCAGGACAAAAUAUUUGUAGGUUUAGAGCAUGCUCCUCCAAAUUUCAAUGCAAAAGAAAAAGUGGAGGGCCCAGGAGGGUCAUUUCUGCAGCAUAUUCAGAAUGAAACAGGAGCCAAAGUUCACCUGCGGGGCAAAGGGUCAGGGUUCAUUGAGCCAACAUCUGGAAGGGAGGCAUUUGAACCAAUGUAUAUUUAUAUCACUCAUCCUAAACCAGAAGGUUUGGCAUCGGCAAAAACACUGUGUGAAAACUUGCUUCAGACGGUAUAUGCAGAGUAUACCAGAUACCAAAGCCAGAUUACAACAGGAAUGGGCCCACCAUCAGUUUAUUCCAUGGUGACACCGUCUCCAGGUAUUGGUCCUGCCCAGAAUCCUAUUUCUGUUUUACCUCCAGUGAUGACAUCACAGCCAUAUCCCAUUCAACCUCAGACAUCUGUCCCAUACACAUUUACAAACACAAAUGCACAGUUUACUACGCAGCAAUUUAGGCAGCCUCUUCCGACAUCUUACACUACUGGAAUGCCUACAGAGAUGUCUCAGAACCAAGUGGUAUCAGGGAUUGUGAAUCAAGGAUCGCAGAACAACUUUCAAAUGCCACAACCGAUGCCAGGACCUUGUUAUACACCACAGCCUUUGCAACAAACUGGAACAAGUUUACAACAGGUUCAAUCUGUAAACUCCACCCCCAUGCCGCUCUCCAUGUCCAGUUCAGAGUAUCAGUUCCAGGCAGCAGGUACCAGUAACCCAAUGCCACCGCCUGGACCGCAGAAGAGACGCUUUACGGAAGAACGAGCAGCAAAUGCACCAGAGGGGCUCCUUGGAUAUAGGCACGGACCAUUUCACUUGACUAAUCUAGGUACUAGGAGCAGUCAGGAUAUGGGAUCUGGGUUGAAGAUAGCUGCUGAUUCUAUCCUCUUUGGAAGAGGAAGAGAAAGGCAGCUGAUGCCCCUGCUGUCCAACCAUGGAGAUCGUUCUGAAAUGCCAAAGACCUCAAUGCAUAUGUUACGUUCUUUAAACAUGCAAGGUCAUGUCUCUCCAAGCCAUAAGCGACACAAGACUAGCGAUAGCCUAUGUGCAUUGGCACAGUACGGUGAAGAUUCUUCAGAUGAGGAAGAUGACCGUCAUAAACGAGGUGGGAGAUACCGAACUUCUGGAAAUGCAUCACGCAAUAUGUAUCACCCCUACUUUCAGCACUCUAUCCACCGUCCUCCUCCUCAUCACCAUCAACAACAUCAUCGUCAGCAGCAGCAACAUGGCAUACCGAGGUCCCACAAUUCCAUGCCCUUCUGGAUGGCACCCAACUAAUACUAAAAAUGUUGUAAAUGUAUUUUUGUCAAUGUUCUCUUCACCAUGUGCAGCUAAACCACGUGUUCAAAAGAGCCUGUAUGUGCUAGGUGUGGUAAUAUUACCUAAUAUACCAGCACUCCUGGAAUUAAUUUUGAUGGACCACCAUAAUCAAAUGGCUGACUGCAACAGUGGACAAUGGACUCGUGCAGGGUGCAGAAACUUGUGAAGAACCAUAUUAUUGGCAUUUUUUUGUUACAACACUGCAUAAGCUGCAAUAACUUGAAGAGUAAAUUCACAUUACCUUCAACAUACAAAUUCCAGAAGUGAGGACAUAGUGACAACCACCGCUUUCCCCACUGGUACUUUGCAGAAGCAUGAUUCAUGCAUCAACCUUUUAUGUUGUAAUGGGCAAGAAUUUUAGUGUAUUAAAUACAGCUGUAAAAUAAAAGUAUGU